CAUCCUUCGCUUCCGGUCGCGAGUGCCGCUGGGACCGGAAGCGGAAGGCGGCGGCGAUGCCGCUGCACAAGGUCCCGCCAAGGCUGUGGCCGAAGCUGCGGCUGCAGGAAGGGAUUUGCGCGCGGCUGCCCGCGCACUUCCUGGCGCAGCUGAACGAUGACACGCAGCCCACGCCCGUGCACUGGCGGCCCCUGGGCGUGCGGUACCGGCGGAACCCGCGCACCGGGGAGCGGGAGCGCGUGCAGGACGUGCCGGUGCCCGUAUUCCUGCCGCGCGCCGCUGACGAGGGGCUGUGGGGCGGCGAGGGCUGGAUCCGCGGCUUCCGCUACGCGAACAAUGAUAAGCUCUCCACGCGGGUGCCGAAGAUCUGGAAGCCGCAGCUGUUCGAGCGGCAGUUUUACAGUGAGAUCCUGGACGCCAAGCUCACCAUCACCGUCACCAUGCGCACGCUGGACCUCAUCGACCAGGCAUACGGCUUUGACUUCUACAUCCUGAAGACCCCAAAAGUAGAUAUGUGCUCUAAGUUGGGGAUGGAUUUGAAGCGAACGAUGCUACUGCGACUGGCACGGAGGGAUCCCAAGCUGCAUCCUGACGACCCAGCCAAGAGAGAGGCGAUUUAUGACAAGUACCAGGAAUUUGUGAUUCCAGAAGAGGAAGCUGAAUGGGUUGGCUUGAGUUUAGAAGAAGCAAUAGAAAAGCAGAGGCUUCUAGAAAAAAAGGACCCCGUCCCACUCUUCAAGGUGUAUGCUGAGGAACUUGUCAACCAACUGAAAGAACAGGCACUUGAGAAGGAGAAGGAAAGAAAUGCGUAGAGCAGAACUCUGUGCUACAGAUGAAGCUGUGGGGUUCAGAGAGCCUUCUGUGUGACCCACACUUGUGGAAGAGGCAAUGCAAUGAGCAUGCCAGGGAACAUGUUGCAAUUAUCAACAUCUAAUUACAACAGCCUAAAUUCCACUGAGGAGUUGUCCUUGUUGGCUGAGGAAAGGUUUUCUGUCCUGUGGUCUCUGAAAGCAUUCUUGUAAGACUGACUUGACGUGGUGGUUCUGCCUGUGGGAGUAGUUGAUUGCUGUUUAGUUUGAUCCUGAUAUAAAAUGAAAUGUUAUGCAUCUUGAAAAUAUCGGUAAACUCUUCUCUGA